UCCAUUUUUAGCAGAUAAUUGUGCGGCAGACGGUAGUUUUAACGGACGUGGUUGAACUGUGGCCUUCAGGAAACGAUUUUCCACUCUUUGUUUUAUAGCAGAUUUAUAGCAACAGAAAUGUCAUGAAAUGUCAAAAUGGAACAAUAGCCCGGUACUUACAUACGUUCUGCGUGCCGGUCGACACGAGAUUUUGUGAAAUACAUCAUUCUUUGGUGAGCAGUUGAAGCUAACGUUGUGCUAUUGUUGCUAAAAGUAAUUAUUGCGGCAUAAUUUUUAAAAAUGUUGUGUCCUGAAUCGUGGAAUUUACCCAUUCCUUCAUACCGAAUCGAAAACGGUGAAAACGCGAAAUGGACGAAGUCCAAAAUCGACUCAAAAGUUCGAAAAGAUGUAGAUGCACAGCAGCUUAAUCGUUCGCUCUGUAUCGUAAUUCCCGCCAACGAGCCACAGUUUGUUAGCGAACUCGCACAUUUCUUGUCGAAUAAAACAUUACUCUUGGUGCGGCAGCUACCAUUGCACGAGAUACUAGAGAAAGAGUUCAUAGAAGCAUUUGUCAAACGUGGUAAGCUGUAUGCAGUAACCAAGAAAGCUAAAUUAGAGACCGACAAUUGUGCAGCCAUAACUGCAGACGGAGAACUUAUGAUGAGCUUGAACAAAGAAACGUAUGAAUGCCUGGAAACCAAACUAAGCUCCAACUUACGUUCACGGACGGGUGAAAAAUAUUUGAUAAAAAUCGACCUAAAAUCAUCAACGGCUAUCAACUGUAUUAAAAAUACAACACUUGCCUUUGACAUGAUAUUACGAUGGGUUCCUCCAAGCAUUGAAGAAUUGAAGCUGGCCAAUAACAGCGAUUUACGUGUUAGUUGCACCUCAAUCGAAAAAUAUCUGAGCGGUUUCCGCGGGCUUACAGUUGAGCGUUUUCCUAUGAAUUACAAAACAAUAACACGUAACGACGAGGCAAUUCCAUUGCUGAAUUUAUCACGCAACGAGCCUGCUCCUGCCAACGGCCAAAACUAUUGCACGUAUGACGAACUGCUGGAAUAUAUCGGACUGCUUGUGCUAGACUGCGAAUUAGAACCGGUGGAAUAUCUCAGCAACUACAUGGUGGAUGGUUGUCACCGCAAAACCGAAACCACUUCUAUUUUGUACGCACAAGGACUUUUUACGCCAGACGACAUUGCAUGCUUUAUCGAUCAGUUGAUUGAACUGGUAAACGAAUGCGGUGGCAUUCCUUGGGUUGCGCUGCAUGCCCAGGGCUUCUCAAAUGUACCUCUCCGUGAAGCCGCCGCCAGCGAGUCUGGGUUAUACUGGAAUCAUGAUAGCUCAUAUACGGCAGUAAUAACCGACCAGGAGCAGAUGCUGUGGAGUAAUGUGCAAGGUCGCAGUUCUUAAUUUCAUUUGAAAGCGGAUUUAUUAUAUUUUCAUUAAUUAAUUCAUUAAUCCAUUACAAACAUACAGCAGUUGCUGUUGAUUUAAAUUCUAAACAUG